AUGUUUCCAUUUCACCCAUGGCCGUGGCAACUCUCGCUGUUGAUUCUGGCAGGAUCUUCGGUGGCCGAGGACCUUGCUUGGCAAGACACUUUGCCUUUGGAUGAGGUGCACGUGUCACUCCUGCAGCUGUCCCUGGAGAGCGAUGCGGGGCACUGGCAGAAUCUCACGAAGGAGAUAUUCGAAAUCGACGGCCUCACAACUCAAAACGAGGUCCCUGAUCUUCGUGAUUUCUAUGACCCACAGAAUGCAGCCAUUACCUUUUACGUGAUGUGCUUUGUCUUGAUUCCCUUUGCCGCUUACAUGGUGGUCGCACCAGACUGGCUUCUGGUAUCCAUGGUGGGAUGCUUAGAUUCGGUUUGCACGGAGCUGCCGAUCGCCAUCUUCCCUCUCUUGGCUCCCGACUUCAUGUCGGUAGCCGCCCUCGUUGCCGCCAAGCCACUGGCACAAGCCCUGACCUCGCCUUUCAGCAUGAGGCUCGUGCGCUGCCGAGAGCUUUUCUUCACUCAGAUUGGCCUUGCCCUGCAAAUAAGCGGGCUAUUGAUCCAGGCGCUGAUGCCCAGUUUCAGCUUCUUCUGCAUCGCACGCGCGCUACAGGGGAUCGCCUCGGCUCUUCUAAUACAGGCGAGCCCCCUGACGACGAAUCGUUUCGAGGCGGCGCAGAGCGGCAUCGCAGUCAAGUUCAUCUACGCCGGCCUCGUCUGCGGCACCCCUUUCGGUGCUCUCACCUUCUCAAAGGAGCCCUUUCUGCCUUUCCUAUCGCUGGCUUUGGCCGAGCUGGUUCUUUUGAUAGCGAUUUGGCUCAGCUGGGGCGGCCUUGAGGAAGAGAAGGCAACGGAACCAGACACCGCUACAUUCUUUGACGUCAUGUAUGACCGCGUGACCCUGAAGCCGAUCCUGCUCGUCUCCCUGCUUCUAAUGUUCACCGGAGCACUCCAGACAGUUACGCCUCGACUUCUGCAGGAGGAAUACAAUUUCUCUGUGGUGAUGUCUGGCAUGGCGUGGAUGUUUCAGACGUGGCCCUCUGUGUUCCUAGUCUUUGCUCUGGGUCCCGUCGCCCGCUUCAUCGGAUUUCCAUUGCUGAUGGUGGGCUCGCUGGUCGUGGCAGGCUUGGAUUGGGCUUGA